AUGGAAGACCCAACUCUCAAGGAGGGCCGAGUGACUUCUGAUGGCGUGUCGCUCGACGGCAGUGUCUCUUCGCUGGUUCAGAUGAAGCGAACAAUCUCUCUCAUCAGCGGUGUAGCCAUCAACGUCGGCAUCAUGAUCGGUUCUGGUAUCUUCAUUUCACCGAAAGGUGUCCUGGCCGGGGCUAACUCCGUCGGCCUCACCCUCAUUAUUUGGUCAGUCUGCGGCAUCUUCUCUCUGCUCGGUGCGCUAAGUUUCGCCGAACUCGGACUCACUUUCCCGUCAUCUGGUGCCGUGUAUUCGUACCUCAAGUGCAUCUUCGGUGACUUCGUAGCUUUCUUGUACCUUUGGGUGACUGUAUUGGUGGCAGUGCCUGCGUUUUUUGCUAUUGUGGCGCUGACAUUCGGUGAUUAUUGCAUCCAACCUUUCUUCCCUGAUCCAGCCUGCCAGCCACCGAGGAUUGCCGUUAAUCUCAUUGGAACGAUUUGUCUAUUGCUACUCGGAUUGACCAAUGCAAUUGGCACCCGGCUGUCUACGCGGAUACAGAAGUUAUUUACAUUGUGUAAGGUUGCCGCCCUGGCAAUCAUUAUAAUUACUGGAAUGGUACAGAUAGGCAAAGGUGAAACCCAAAAUUUUCAAAAUGCCUUUGAAGGUUCGACCUUCAGUGGGCUUGGAAUCGCUCUUUACUCUGGACUAUUCUCAUACACGGGCUGGGAAAGUCUAAAUUUUGUGUCCGAAGAGGUGAAGAACCCAACCAGGAACCUGCCACGCGCAAUAGCGAUAAGUGUAUGCUCUGUGACUGUGCUGUACAUAUUAACAAACUUGGCAUACUUCACCGCAAUGACGCCUCAAGAGCUCAUGGCGUCUAAUACAGUUGUAGUGAUGUUUGGUAACAAGCUACUGGGUCGUUUUGCAGUCAUCAUGCCGGUGUUCGUAGCACUGUCCACAUUUGGCUCCAUCAAUGGAAGUAUAAUAGUUUAUUCAAGAGUUUAUUACGUAGGGUCACGAGAGAAGCAGUUGCCCUCUUUACUUUCCAUGAUACAUGUUAAGCAUCUCACACCUCUUCCAUCCAUUGCACUUAUGGUACUCUUGUCGGUUUGCUUCACGUAUUCCCAAGAUAUAAACAGCUUAAUUAACUACUUCAGCUUCGCUGUGUGGACACCCAUAGGAGCUGCUGUAGCUGGGAUGGUAUGGUUGAGAUGGAGAGAUCCUGACAGAGCACGCCCUUACAAGGUACACAUUAUCAUACCGGUUAUCUUCGUGAUUGCGGCCAUCUUUCUUGUCGUCAUGGCAACCAUUGACGCUCCACUGGAUACAGCAAUCGGUAUUUGUAUAACACUUACCGGGGUGCCAGUGUAUUUUCUCUUCGUUCAUCCUAAGCACUUGCCAAGACGGUUGUCCAGACUGGAGGGUACUAUUACCAGAUGGUUUCAGAAGGCAUUACUGGUCAUUGAGGAGGAGAAAGACUGAUGCUAAUAUUCUUUUCUCUCCUAAACCAAACAAAGCCCAACGGUAAUACUACCAUUCUGCUCAUUUGAAAUGUGUAUUUCAGUAGGUGAAGGUUAAGUUACAAAUUGUAAUGACAAAAGGGUUUUUCAAUGGACUAUCCUGUUGUUGGAACUCAUAACGUUAUAAGGUUUUUGAAUUAGUGUUUUCAUUGGUUUGAUGUCUAUCUCCCAGUACUGUCUAUCUUUGACUUUUUAACUUGAUUAUCUAAUGUAUUUUAUGUUAUUAUGUAUGGAUUUAAAAUAUUGUUGGUUGAACAAACACACGAGAGGGCGUAAAC